UUUGAGUGGGCUCCAUACAGUUACUGACUGAGAUGUCAGAAAUAACUUAUAAUACUAAUAAAUCAUAAUGGCAACAGGAAUGAACAUUUUACACACAAAUGAAGACAGGUUGAGAAAAAAAAUGUGGUUCUGAUGCUUGUAUUAAAAUAUAAAAUAGCGUAACCUAAUGUUUGUAGAAGAAUGAAGUAUCCUCAUCAUCAAAGAAUCUGUACUGUAGGUUAGCAUCUCAUUGGUUGGUGCUGCAUUUUUAUUUCCAAUGAACCAAAACUCAGGAUUAAUUUGGAAAUAGACUCACAUUUACAGUGAUUGUUGGUCGAGUUGUUUGGUAUAUGCUAAGUUAUCUUGUUAAUACAACAUGACCACUAAAGUGUGAAAGCAUAUUGUUUUGAUUUUUUGGCCAAUGACUCCUAUUGAUCCUAUAUAUGCUGACCUUCCAGCACCAUGAAAAAUUGUCUACAGGUGAAGAUAUUGCAUUCUGUAAAUGAUAAAUCAAAAGCAGAGUUUUCUACUACAAUAAAUAAAUAAAUAAAAAAUAAAAUAAAAUAGACAAGACAAGAAAAUAUGACAAGGCAUAUCUUGCCGUAGGCUUGACCAGGUAAUGGUCAAUGGUGGGCGAUGAAGAGAGACUACAAUGUGUUGUAUGUUGCAAAAUAUUAGCAUUUGACUUUAUGAAGACAAAGAAGUUACAAGCUUGACAUUAUUGCUCUCAAUGAAAUGGGACCCUGCAGAUAAAGUUUGGGAACCACUGGCUUAAGCUAACAAGUUGUUCAUGUAUAUAGGAUAUUAAAAUGUUAGCAAUGAUAAAUUUUUUUUUUACCUUAUUCUCUAAAAUGCACAUGUAUAAUCCCACAGCUCUGGACUUGUUCAAGUUGUGUGUGCAUUUUUGUACAAGGAUGACAGAUUCAAUAUCAGUGAUCCAAAUCGUAUAGCUUUAAAAAAGAAACUAACAUGAAAUCUGCUAAAACUUCCUAUAUUGUUUUGAACAUAACAUUGCACGGUUAGUACAAUCAUUCAGCUUCACUAGGUAUGACUGAGAUAAAACAUGGGGUUAAACUACUGGUUGCCUCUGGUAUUAAAUGAUAAAACAACUAAUUUCAGGAUAAUUGAGUUUGCAUUAAAUUUGAUUUAAUCGCUGAAAUUUACAAGAAUUUCUUUUAAAGUAAUAAUAAAAAGACACCAUGCAACACUAUGCUUUGAAUGGUUAUAAAGUUCUAUGCAUAUAAAAUUUAUCUAGGUUUGGUGCUGCCUCUUCUUACAUGAGAGUACAGUGAAGAUAGACAUGGAAAAUAAAACUGUACUCAGGGAGAGAUGCAGGCUGAGGUUGAGAAAGCAUAGACAAGCACAGGGACUCUCCAUUAUUUCUGACUUAGGGUCUAAUGGUAUUUUAUUGUAAUUGCUGUGAUGUCAGAGUGUCCGUCCUCCCUAACGGCCUUCUAAAAACAACAAGGGCAGAUUGGUUCCAUUCACUGGAUUGUCUGGACAGAAAGACACCAGAGUCCUGCAGCUAAGAUCUCUGCAAGUUCUCCAGCCUAUAAGCAUGCUGCUCUAUCCCCUCUCUCUCUGUCUUCUGCUUGCCGGAGCAACCGUAUUGUGUGUCUCCAUGACAACACCGCUACACGGUUUCAGAGGCUGCGCAGUGCGCGAGUUCUCCUUUGUGGCACAGAAACCUGGCUGCAAGGGGCUGCACAUCACCACAGAGGCCUGCUGGGGGCGUUGUCACACUUGGGAGAAGCCCAUACCAGAGCCACCUUACAUCCACCGACACCAUCGUGUGUGCACGUACAGUCAUGUCCAUCACAUGACAGCCCGGCUGCCGGGCUGCCAGCCUAACAUCUCACCUCUCUACCACUAUCCCAUGGCCCUGCACUGCCACUGUGCCAUCUGCUCCACCCAGGACACCGAGUGUGAGACCUUCUGAGAGAUCGGCCCCUGCAUAAAGGAAUCAAUACUUCGAUUGAUGUGAAUGGCAUCUUGGAGUUGUGGAAGCAAUAAAUGAAUUUGUAUUCAAGAACAGAAGAGGCCCUGAAAGCAGGAUAUGCCAUGUAGUAGCUUUUAUAUAUGAACAGUAGCUUUACUAGUAACCUAAAACUGAGACAUUAACAUUGCACGCAUUCAGUAUUUCAUCUGUCAUGCUCUAUAUACGAACUGAGGCUGGAUAAAAUGGUAAUGUGUAUGUUAUAUUCAACAAUAAAAUACAACCACAACUGACGCUGACAGGAUCAGUUAACUGGGUUCUGCAUGAAGUCCACCUUUUCCCUUCUUUAAUGCCAACAUUAAUACGCUGUCAACUCAACUGUCUCAGAAAAUGGUCCUGUUUGUGUGCUUCGAGUGUUUUAUACAGCUUUCGAUGAGCACACACAUGCAAACUUACAGCUGGCAUUUAUCACUUACACAGCAAGUAUAAUACACAGUAACAAAUAAAAUCUGUGGCUACAAAGGGACUUGUGGUAUCUCGUUAUAUCUCUUGUGUUUUCAUACAUGGGACUAAACUGAUCAGCUGGUCUGAAACAGCGUGUUAGAAAUUGGAAAACAUUGCCUAAUCCUUUCCUUACAUUGAGGCAAAAAUAACACAUGUACAUAAUAUCAUGUCAGACAUGAUGAUGCUCAUGUAUGUUGUAUGCAAAAGAACAUGAUGCACUGCCACACGAGCAUGAGAUGCAACACACCCUCACACACACAUACACACAGAGAUUGAAAUAACAGGGCCGAAGUGGAAGCAGGCACAUUAAUAAUGUUAUUCAAGAUGCCAUGGUUGUCAUGGCAACUGAAAGCGACAGGGCCACUGAGCGAUACAAACAUCAUUGAGCUCGCUGAGUCAUUGGAGUAAUGUUUAACUGUGUGUGUGUGUGUGUUUAACAAUGUGAACAUUUAACCUUCAUUCAUUCAUGUCUCGCUGCUGAUGAGGUGCUGCAGCCCAUUCUCAUUCAUACUCUCUCUCUCUCUCUCUCUUUUCCAACUUUCUGGUUAGCGUGACAUCUGAAGAAACACACACUGCACCCGUCCAUGCAACUUACUGUCAACACGUUGAUAGCUUUGCGUGUUUGUGUGUGUAGGUGCAUGGGCCGUCAGGUGAUGAUGUCACAUGCUCCGUUUUCCAUUGACAUAACUGGAGUGGUGCAAAGGGGCCACAUGAUGGUAAUUAUGUUUCCCUUACAUGGUGUUUGUAUGAGCCAGGAGCACUCAAAGCAUCCUAAGAAAAUAAGUUCAUCACAAAGUUCCUAGAGGCUGAAUUGUUUUCUUUUAGAAAAAGUGAAGGUAAACGCUGGGACGGCAUAUCAAACAUCUGGUCACAGACAUGUAAGUCCCACUGCUCAUCACAGAGAGGAGUAAGACUGAAAACAAACUCUUGAUAUGGUCACAGUCUUUUCAAGCUCUUUAAUGGCUUAUUUUAUCUAUCAAACUGGUGUCUCGUUUUAUAUUUCUGUGGUUGUGACAUAACAGGCCAUUUUGCUUUUACUUGUCCUCAUUUAGCCUGUUUAAUGCAUGCUGGGAUGCUGGAUCUAAAUUAGGUCACAUUGCAUCAGUUUGUUACCACUGAUUUUAUUCAUUUUAAUUUUACAUAAAAAAAAAUGUGACUAUAUUUGACUCUAAGUCAUAGACAAUAAAUUAAGAAUUAAAUGUAAAUAAUUAUGACACAAAAUGAGAUACCUAACAACCAUUUAGAAG